GGCGGCAGCGGCAGUGCGCAUGCGCUCUACACUCUACACGUGAUACAACGUAAACAAAUGUAGGGUCAGAGCGGCUAGGAUCAAUGUGAAUAUUCAAACUGUGUCUGCCACCGUGCCACUAGCACCACCAGCACCUCCACUACACCACCUACACCCACUGGGAUGUCUGGAAGUAGCAGUGGGUCCAAUUCUGGCAGCAGUGUCCAAAAACGGGUUUAUCUUGAUUACAAUGCCACAACACCACUGGCACCUGAGGUGAUAAAAGCAGUAGAGCAGAGUAUGCAUGAAGCUUGGGGUAACCCAAGCUCAGCACAUGAAGAAGGUGCCAGAGCAAGAACGGUUAUAAACCAGGCUCGGGAUGAUGUUGCUAGGAUGAUUGGUGCCAUGCCCCAGGAUGUACUGUUCAUGUCUGGAGGCACAGAGGCCAACAAUGUAGUGCUACACUGUGCUGUGACACACUUCCGCAAGUGGUGUUUAUCACAAGAGAGUCCAAUUUAUCACCACCUUCGCCCUCACAUCAUAACCACUAAAGUUGAACAUGAUGCCAUCAAGCUGCCAUUGACACACAGAUAUGCAAUUGAGGCUGACGUAACAUACCUGGGUGUUGAGAACUUACCUGAAGCAGUCCUAGAGUCGAUCCGGCCCUCCACAUGCCUCAUUACAGUUAUGCUGGCCAACAAUGAAACUGGCAUUAUGUUUUCGGUGGCCCAUAUUGGCAGGCUAUUAACUGAGGUAAACAAGAAACGUGAAAACGAAGGGUUGUUCAAGGUCCUCCUUCAUACAGAUGCAGCACAGGCUAUUGGUAAGGUUCCCGUGGAUGUUACAGACCUCAACAUCGACUACUUAUCCAUUGUCGGACACAAGUAUUAUGGGCCUCGCAUUGGUGCAUUGUAUAUUCGUGGUCUAGGUCACAAGACCCCUGUUUAUCCAAUGUUUUAUGGAGGUGGACAGGAGCGUGGAUACCGGCCCGGCACAGAAAACACUCCAAUGAUUGUAGGAUUGGGUCGGGCAUCACUGCUUGUUCAUAAUAAUGUCCAAGAGUACUAUGCAUCAAUGAAAAAAACUAGAAACUACAUGGAAAGACAAUUAAAGAAAGUAUUUGGCAACCAAGUGAAGAUCAACUGUGUGGACCCAUGUAUACCCACAGAUCCAGAAGCCUGUUCUAUACCACCUCGGGGCCCUAAGCAGCAGCACUUCAUUUUUCCUCGCCUUCCCAACACUUCAUCAGUUUCAUUUUACUACAGACAGGUUGCAGGCCCAGAUAUUCUUCGUCACUGUCGACUUGUUCAGGCUAGCUGUGGAGCAUCUUGCCAUGCACACACAGAGAAUCAAAGUAUCCUUGAGGCUUCAGGGGUCUGCUCAUUCCAUGCAUCACGCACAAUUCGCUUAAGCCUUGGACGGGACACCACCAUGGAGGAAAUUGACUUGGCUAUUCAGGAUAUCAAACAGGCAAUAGAGAAAUUGAUUGGCCGAUCGUUGUAAAUACAGCUUAUGGGAGUUGAAAAAUAUCAGUGUGUGUGUUAGAGCCUUAUUAGUAAAUUAUAAGGAAGGCUUUAACACAAUGUAUGCUCCAUAUGAAAGCUGCUACUCUGGCAGUCAGAAAAUAGAAACCGAUGUACAUAUGUGACUGUCUGAUUUCUCUCACACACAAAUAAUUACAUUAUGCACGAUGGACAAAUUUACUGAAAAUAUAUUAUAUAAAUUGUCACAUAUGAGAAGUUAAUUCAUUAUAGUUUUAUUCCAAUUUUAUUAAAUUCUUAUUAAAAUUUAUACAUAAGUUAUUUUGGCUAAAUAUAUUGUCACAGUUGUGUUAUUUGACAGAUAUUUAUUGUACUAAGGUUGGAUAAUUAUAUAUGAUAGGUUUGUUUCAUUAUUGUAAUUUUUUUAAUUUUCUUUUGGCAGACUGUUCUUCUAAAGUAGAGUUUGCUUUAUAUAUUCAUGCCAGUAGAUAACACCACAAAGUGGAUAGGCAAAUUUGUACUUAAAAUGUGAAGUGAUUUUUUUUAUUAUUAUUAUUAUUAUUUUGAUAAUUGCACAUUCAAACAGCAUGGAAGAAAGUUUGAAAAUGAAACAUGGAAUUUAGUUUGAUGAUUUCAGUUGCAUUAAUCACACUGAAUGAAAAAAUAUAUAUUUAAUGAUGAAUAUUAAAAAUUUGAAGAAAAAUACAGUACCUUGUUAAAAUACUGUUCAUUAUGAAACAGUACAUAACACAAUUUAUUUUUCUUCAUAUUUUUUAAUUACCUGUACUACACUGGUAUAAAUUAGGAAACUCCUUCCUAUGUUGAGUAAAUUCUACAAACUGACUUCAGACAACACUGCUGAGUUGUGAAAUAAUGUUAGACACUUGAUCUGUUUUUGAAACUAAUUUGAAUGUUAACCUGACCCUGGUGGUCUAGCGCUUAGUUUUGAUUAUAAUAAUAAUUGAAUGUUAACCUGUGAUACUCAGUAUUUUGCAUGUUUUCUUAUUAUCUAUUGCCCCUAGUGGGUUUAGCACUUCUUUUUUAUUAUAAUAAUUCUUAUUAUCUGUGUUUUAGAAGUUGAGUGGGAUACUACUGAAGCUUUUUUUAAUAACUUUAAGCUGUAAUGUGAUUAGGUGAAAUUUAUUCAAAUAGCUUAGCUUAACUUGUCACCUACCAGUGAAAUUACAGGACUUGAUGAUAAUUUCAAUCUUGUCAUGCAUGGGACAUUUCUAUGAUUUAUUUCCCAUUGCAUACCAGUCAUAAAUUUUACAAGUUUUAUUCUAAGACUUUAAUAUUCAGUAUAUACGUACUUAUAAAAUUUUAUUCUGCAACAUAGUACAUUAAAUGCUUUUUCCUACUUUUAUUAUAGGUAUAUUGAAGAUAAAAUACAUAAGGCAAAAUUAUAAAAAAAGAUCCAAGUUAUUAUGUAAGUAACAUCAUUUAUGUUAGUCUCCCAUAGUUUUGUGUGGGUAAAUCUCGUAUAAUGCAAGACCCUUAUGGGUUUAGCACUUAGUUGUGACUAUAAUAAUAAUCAUACAAUACAAAUUAGUACUUCAACUUGGGAGUAUUCAAGUCUAUGCAUUUUAACAUUUUACAGGUUUUAUUUGCAUCAGUUCACAACUAAUCCACAAUUUGAGAUGAAACGUUUUUUUUUUAACCUUCCACCAUUGUCAUGUCAUUGACGUCUUCAUGAUAUUUCAGGGUGGACAGAAACAUCAUCUCCAUCUACUGUUUUAGUUGUGAAUUAUUCUGUUCUUCGGUUUGGAAAUUAAUGAAAAUUACCUUAUCUUUAUGUGUAAGGUUCUUUACUGGGUAUGUCCGUGUUCAGGUUAAUAAUGUGCUCUCCCCGGACUUUAUCCAAGCUGAAGGUGUCCCCCAGGGAUGUGUUCUGAGCACAACACUUUUUCUCCUUGCUAUUAAUGAUUUGGCCUCUAGUCUUCCAUCAAAUAUUUGGUCAUCACUCUAUGUUGAUGACUUCGCUAUUGCCUGUGCAGGCGCUGACUGUCACCUCAUUACAGUUUCUCUCCAACAUGCAGUCGACCGUGUUUCCAAUUGGGCCACCACACGUGGGUUUAAAUUUUCCAGCACUAAAACCCACCAAAUUACUUUGUACCUCUAUGGCUCCCGUAUCCCUGAACGUGAUACAGUCGAGUUUCUGGGCCUCCUCUUUGAUCGUAGGUUAUCCUGGAAACCUCACAUUACCUCUCUGAAGGCAACUUGUCACAGCCGGCUGAACCUUCUUAAAACCCUUGCUCAUCUUUCAUGGGGAGCUGAUCGUCGAACCCUCCUCCGCCUACAUUCCACCCUUAUUUUAUCGAAACUUGAUUAUGGUGACCAGAUCUAUUCAGCGGCAUCUCCUGCUACUCUCUCUAGCCUUAACCCCAUUCAUCACCAAGGAUUACGUUUAUGCCUUGGUGCUUUUCGCUCUUCCCCUGUCGAGAGCCUCUAUACAGAAGCGAACGUUCCAUCCUUAUCCGAUCGCCGUGAUGCCCAUUGCCUGCGCUACUAUGUACGCUCUCAUGAUCUCCGCAAUCCUUCCAUUUAUAGAAUGGUCACUGAUAUUAGUAGACAUUCUUUAUUUGUUCGCCGCCCCUGUUUACUCCGUCCCUUCUCUCUUUGCCUUCAUUCGCUUUUGUCUUCUCUUCAACUACCACCUUUCUAUGUACAUGUAGCAUCUCACUUUUCCCUACCCCCCUGGGAAGUUCCAGCUGUUCGAGUCUGUUCUUUCUCUCUCCCUUGCUCGAAAGCCCAACUGUCUACGGUCGCUUCCCGCUCUCUUUUUCUUGACCACUUUCACUCUCAUUCUCAUGCCAUUGUCGUGUACACAGAUGGCUCUAAGUCUUCUGACGGCAAAGGAUUCGCAGCAGUGUUUCCGGACAGCGUCGUACAAGGGCAUUUACUAUCUUCGGCUAGUAUUUUUACUGCUGAAUUGUAUGCCAUCCUUACAGCACUUAUCCGUAUUGCAUCUAUGCCUGUGUCAUCAUUUGUGGUAGUCUCAGACUCCCUUAGUGCUUUACAGGCUAUACAAAAAUUUGAUACACCUCACCCCUUAGUCCUCCGUAUCCAACUUUGGCUACGCCGCAUCUUUACCAAGCAUAAAGAUAUUGUUUUUUGUUGGGUCCCUGGUCAUGUUGACGUACAGGGCAAUGAACAGGCAGACACUGCUGCGUGGUCAGCAGUACAUGACCUACCAGUUUCUUAUAGAGCUAUUCCAUUUACGGACUAUUUUGCUGCAAUAUCUUCCCACCUUCACAACCCGUGGCAACAACGUUGGUCUACUAUGCUCGGCAACAAACUUCAAUCUAUUAAA